CACGCCUGUUUGCCUUUCUCCGCGACCUCAUCUGAUUUGGACCACAUAUUUCCCUACAUCGCUGAAAACGAUCAUGGACGAGAAAGCCACCAUGCUGGAGUCGAGGACUCAACCUUCCAGGCCUCACGUUGUAGACUGGCCUUUGAUGCCACAGCGACUCGUUCUCGGAUACCCAGGAUAUUGAAACAAUCGACUGCUUCUUUCUGUUUGGAGAUGAAAGUUAACAAAACAAUUGAGGAACAUGCUGUGAGGCGGGGCUACAAGUUUCGCUUGUUCUUCCUCUUCCGAGCCCCAUGAAGAUUUGAACAGAGUGGUUGGGAGACACAAGAUGAAGAUUUGGGUAUUUGUGUAGGACAAAAUGUCGAGGACAAACAAACGAAGAUGGCGAGAUGCUCAUUAUACAUCCUGGUCUGUCCAUAUCCAACGCAAACAACUCGCGUUCUCCAUGUUGCUCUCUAUCAUCACUGUUCGAAAUUCCUUUCUUUGAUCAGCUCGACAGUGCGCCCCUCUAUCGCUCCCUCCAACGACUUACUCUGUCCCGUUGCAUCCUAGGUCUAUGAAGUUCCCCAUACGCCUUCCGCAAACUUGGAUAUCCCACUGACCAGGAAGAGCCACUGCCCAUCACGAUGCUGUUGCACUGUAUCCUCAUCUUGCACCUCUUCCUUGUCGCCACCAUGGCACUCUCCAAUGUCACCCGGGUCCCCGUCCGCCGCAAUGCCGAUUACAAGGCCAACGGUACCAAGUCACUUGUCUGGCUCUACAACAAGUACAACAUUACCCCGGCCAGACCGGGUCGGUAUCAUCGUGACGAGAAAAAUCGCCUCAUGAAACGUCAAGAUGAUGGUUCCUCGACUGAAGUCACUGCACAAGAUCAGCAGAAUGACGUCUAUUAUACCUGCCCGGUCACCAUUGGCACACCUGGCCAGCAACUUGAGGUGACCUUCGACUCUGGCUCUGCCGACUUCUGGGUUUGGUCCAGCCAUCUCCCUGACAGUACCAAGAAGAGUGGAACCGCAUCGGGCGCUGCCAUCUAUGAUCCCAGCAAAUCUUCCACCCAGAAGCCAAUGGCUGGAAGCACCUGGCAGAUCCGGUAUGGAGAUGGCUCUUCGGCAUCAGGAACAGUGGUUACAGACACCGUCAAGGUUGGAGACAUUGCAAUUCAAGGCCAGGCCGUCGAGAUAGCCAGCCGUAUAUCCGUCUCACUCACUACCCAGACUGCUUCCCAGGGCAUCUUAGGCCUGGCCUUCGGCAACAUCAACACCGUCAGCCCCGAACCAGUCAAGACACCUCUUGACAACAUGAUCGCCCAGGAGGAUAUCCCCAACGACCAGGAGGUCUUUACGUGCUACAUGGGUUCCUACAAAGACGUCAAAGAUCCGGACCACGGGGAAUCCUUCUUCACCUUCGGAAGUAUUGACAGCGACGUGGUCCAUGCGACUGGUGGAGAGAUAUCCUAUACGCCAGUUGAUGACAGGAACGGAUUUUGGGAAUUCGCUUCAGAAUCCGUUACCAUCAACGGAAAGAAAAUCCCGUUGCCAGGAAACACCGCCAUUGCUGACACUGGCACAACCCUGAUGAUCAUCGAUGAUGAUCUCGUCGAGCAGAUUUACUCUGGGAUCCCAGGCGCCAAGUACGAUGAAUCUCAGCAAGGCUGGCUGAUCCCUUCCACUACCCCUUCGGACAAGAUUCCUAAUGUCGCUUUCGCGGUUGGUGAUGCGGAGAUUGUUAUUGAGCCAGAGCACAUUGCAUUCGCGCCACUUGAGAACACCGGGAUGGUCUUCGGCGGCAUUCAAGGUCGAGGGAAACUCCCAUACAACAUCUACGGUGAUACCUUUUUGAAAUGUGUUUACGCGGUCUUCGAUGCUGGGAAGAAGCAAUUCGGUGUUGUCCAGAGGGUUAAUCCUACUCAAAGGAUUGCUUUUUAGGUUUCCCACUCAGCACAGUAAACCUUUCGAAUGCAAUUGCAAUGGUAGAUGCAGCGGUGCGCGUCUGGGAGGGUGGCAUACCUACACGAUAUCAGUAUUCCCGUUGUCCUUGAGACACGU